UUACGUUCGUUAAGGACGUAGGACGAGAGGGUUCCGUGAAAAGGCCGGAAGAUGCUCGGCUCGCGAGCACCUACCAAUCAGCUGGCUUUGCGUUAAUUCAACCUAAAGCCGCGCGGCGAGGUUUCCGUUCUUUUCUCGCAGAGGCCGUUUCUUAGUCAGUUCGUGACGACGCGUGCCCUCGACGCGACGUACCUCUCGAUCUCGUUCGAUAAAUCCAUUUUCCCCUGAUCGAUCCGCCACCAUUCCACGACACGCUCUCUUCUUUCCUGUUGCGGUCGUCAACUUGCCGGACGGACGUUCGCUUUUAUCCAAUUCCCUCCUUUCGAUUCGUGUUGAUCAAUCGGACUCGACCUACGAUCGAUCGGCGAUAUCGUGAUAAUUGGUCAAGUUGGAGCGGCACGGAACGAUAUUCGUCUCGAAACGUGAUACGGCAGGAUCGUUAAAGUUGCUCGGGUUCUAAAAAAAGGGGAGCAGGAACACGCGUUCGUAUAAAAGUGUGACAAACGAUCAACGAUCGAACAAGGAGAGAAGGUUAUCGAAGAAUUAACAACAUAUUGUCGCGAUGAUAGAUAUUGCCGCGUCAGUUUGCUAUGCAAGCGCGAUACGUAUGUAAAUUUACCGCGUAUUAACAUAUCCGAAAUUAUCGGAUGAAAAUUGUUGUUGCACGCGAUAAAACAUAAUUACGUAAUUAGCCCGUAAUUAUUUCCUUCUAUGUGUGUACGUAUCCUUUUGUUCCUAGAACGGUAUUUCGUGUGUAUACAUGUUUAUAUAACGGUACUUUGUCAUGUAUAAACGAACGAUAUGGUUACGUGGUUAUUUCGUAUAUUUAUAUAAAGAAUAAGUGUGAAAUUUGCGUUGUACGGUGAAAAACGAUGAAUGUUGAUAAGUACGAGAGGUGCCAAAGAUAUCGGUGAGGCGAAUCUAGACGAAAACAGCGACCCUUUUGUUGGCCAGACGAUGCAGACCAAGAACGUAAACGAGACUGCGUACAAAAGCGACAAACGACGGCUCGACUGCUCGACUGGAAAUGAGGAGGGACUUUACAAGCCUGUACCACCACCGAAACCGGUGCCGAACAAUCAAAAGAAUCAGAAUGGGCAGGAGAGCAGCAGAGUGCAGACGGUAGUGGAGCAAUCGUCGCGGCCGAUUUCCGCUAUAGAAAGGAACAUCACGUUAGACGACAACCAGGUUCGAAGUACCGGGCAGAAUCCUGCACCCGAAUACAGGAUGCCACCGCUCUACGGGGAGGAACAGAGCUCGAAUCAGACUCAACAGGCGGCUAACUUGCAGACUCACAGCAGCAAAUUUCCAAUCGAACGCGAGGUUGUUCUGUCGUCGGGAGACAAAAAUUCCAAGAUUCCUAUUCUACACGAGUACAAACAAAGAACUGCGGGUAGAGUGGCGAUUGCACCGGAUGCUCCGAUCAAACAACAGGCUUGGGUUCAAGAGGGCACUCAGAUGCAAGAAGUGAGACAGGAGGGUCAAGCCAGGAGUUAUCAGCCAGCGGAAUCUUACGCGUCGACGUCGGCUGCAUCGGCGCCAAGGACCACGAAAAUCGAUGAGGACAAGAGCAAGUCCAUUUCGAGAACUUAUCACACGAUCAAGGACAUGAUAUCGAGCCGUUUCGGACAGAGUCGUAAGGAUGCCGAACCGGAACCGGAAGCGAGUUUGAACAAUGUCACGGAAGAACUGAGAAAGUCCAGCAGUCAGUACGGGCACUCGUAUAGUUACCUGAGCAAUCAACAGAACGUACCGCUUCCUGGACAACUUCAGCCUACGUCACAGAUUCAACCCAAUUUACCAGGCCAAAGUGCUCAGCUUCACGUGACGCAUCACGCUCCACCUGGAGGAGUUCAAACGGUCCAUCAAACUCAAGUUCCUGGUUUUGGCCAAUCAGCGACAGGUGGCCAGCAGGUGCAAAAUGUUGCGAGAGAAUACGUUGUUCAGGGACCAUCUGGAUUGCCGAGUCAGCAAUUGCAUCAAGGACUUCAUCAGAGCCCUCAGAACCAGGGCCAGAGCACGCAGAUGCAGAAGCCUCAUGGUCUAGGCGUGCAACCGCACCAGGUGGGGAACGCUGCGAUGCAACCGUCGAAUCAAAACUUCCAGAGUGCGCAACAAUUGUUGCAUCAGAAUCAAAGCCAUCAUCAGAGUCCGAGAUUCGCGCAGCAGCACGCACAGAACAUGCAUCAACGACAACUGAUCCAGCAGAUGCAUCAGCAGCAGCAGCAGCAGCAAUUGGUCGGACAGCAAAACAGCCAAAGCGGCGGCGGUGGCGGCGGCGGCGGAGGCGGAGGCGGAGGCGGAGGCGGCGGCGCCGGCGUCAGGAACGUGCAGCAAAGCUAUUUCUCGAACAACGUGUCUUAUCAGCAAUACCAACAAGCUCGACAAACCAUGUCAAGAUCUCAGAUCGAUCUACCGAGCACUUCCAGACAAGCUCAAGAGCUCAGGCUGCCCGGACAGGAAGUGUAUUACCAUUAUGCUCAAGGUCGGCCGAGGUACGGUGUACCGCAAGUCUAUAUGAAAACCGAAAGUAACCAGGAAGCGGAGUUUCAGCGACGAAACUCGACGAAAGGUAUCGAGAAGGCGGCGUCCCAGCCGCAGCUUUCGUACGAGGACGAAAGGUCUGGCUGCGUUAACGAACAAUCGAGAAAUCCGGUUGACGGGUUAAAAACUCUUACGGUGGAUCCGUUGGACAAAGAAAGAUACGAGAUUACGGUGGAAGAUCGUGGACAAGGGGAAUUCAGGAGAAGCGAUUCUCAAAGGAAAGACGAGUAUCGGCCGGAAACCAGCUUCGCUAUUCGCAGAGACGAUGCCGUUAGGUGUUCGAAAAGGGAACAGGAACAGCUAGGAGUGGCCGCCGGUCAGGAAAGUCAGGAGUCGGAAGGAACUUGCGUGCAAAAAAGAAUCGAAGAGCUGCAGAAACGAGCCGAGGAGAAUCAUUACAACGGAAAAAUGUCGAAGGAUAGUAUUGAAACGGACGUGGGUAGGAGUUCGUCCGGGUCGAAAAUUGGGAACGGCGAGCCUCUGAAGAGGAUGGAGAAUCAAUACGCGAAGGAUUGCUUGGCGAAAUCGGAGGCAAGGAAAGACGAGCUAGAACACGGUAUCAGCCGAUUGAAAAUCCAGAAUCAGGGAUCUGGAUCGGAUUACGAUAAAGCUGGACAGAGUUCCUCCAAUGUUGAUUCGGGGAGAGGAUCUGCUGUUUAUUCCAGCGGAAGACGGCCACCGCCCGAAGACCAAACUCACCCCCCAGUACAGGAUUCCGAAUGGGUGGACAUAGUCGAGUCGGAACUGAGAAGCAUUUUAGAACCAAGAGACGUUCCCGCGAUGGCGCAUUCCACCCUGUCCGAAAGUGUAUCAUCGGUAACGCCACCUCUACCGCCGCUUUCACCCCAUGAAAGCCCCAGAACGUCGAGAAAUCGAUACUCGUCGAGCUUACCAUACGGAUCGAAACCCAAUUACAGCGAUUACAGCAAGGCUAUAGAGAAAAGGAGCGGGUUCCCGGGUAGUUCGAAGCAUCGUGGUGCGUCUACUUCCAAAAAAGAUGCUGCGAAGAAAUUCUCUCAUCUUUUCGGUGUAGAAGCAGCUGACUUGACCUCGACCACCACUGGACUCGAUUUAGACUCGAUGCUGGAUAGAAGCGAUUCCGAUUUAAGUACAAACGACGCAAGAACGAUUAGGAAGCAGUUGGAAGGUCUAGAAAAUAUGUACAGCGAGGUGCUGAAAUUGCUCGGCGGAAGUGUGAAAAAGAGACGGAAGGCCAGAGGUCUGGCCAGUUACGGUUCCGUCUCAUCGUUGCCGACGUCAUCCGUUUCAUCGAGACCUGUUACAAGGCACCAUGAUAAACGUAGAUCCCACGCGAUCGACGACAGAAUGAAGAAAGCCAAAGACAUAAAGAGCAUUAACAAACGGUUCCAACGACUAGAAUCUCACGUAGUGACGCUUGCCAGAUCGGUGGCACACUUGAGUUCGGAGAUGAGGACGCAACAUUUGAUGAUACAGGAAAUGGAGAACAUAAGGGGCGAGAUUGCUGCACUCAGGACUCAAACGAGCAUGGCAAUGGUGAGGUCGCAGUCUCAACCGCUGAUCAAGGAUUCCGAGCUGCCGGCUCUUUCCAACCCUUCGAGGGUGAAAAAGCUCACCAAGUUCUUCGGCACAGAACCACCGCUCAUCAGACUAUUCCUCAGGGAACUUGGGUAUGAGAAAUAUGCAAAUGCGUUUGAGAAAGAAAAAGUCGGUAUGGUAGAGCUACCCUACCUAAGCGAAGAGAGGUUGCAAAAAAUGGGUGUUCCCUUGGGACCAAGGCUGAGGAUUCUGCAAGAAGCGAGGAUAUCGGUGUGUAAGGAUCCAAUUUACGUUGUGUGAGUCCCACGGAACGCGUUGCUCUCUGCAAGAUCACACAGCCAACUCCGAGCAGGUACAUCCGGAAGCCGUUGAAGGAGAAUUUUUAUCUUUUCGUUUUUUAAUACGAUCGUGUUUCUUCGAGUUUUCAGGUUUCAUCGUUAUCCGUUUGAACGCUUUCAACGAUCGGUUUUGAAUAGCGAGACGCGACGUUUCUGAUUUCACUCGAAAGAUGAGCCGAUUUCCCUGAUGGAACGAUGAAACGAUGAAACGAAACGAUGAAACGAAACGAUGAAACGAUGAAACGAUGAAAAGUAAAUUAAUAUUUGAAAGACAUGCAAGUCUAACGACGAAAUAAAUUAAAUAUUCAUUGCGCGUAUUAAUUACGAGUCGUAUAGGCGUACUAAACGUAUCCGUACUUCGAUUCAAUAUGUUACAGAUAACGUGUUUUGUUUUCGACUCUAGUAUUAAUACGUAAUAAGUAUAAUCUGCAAUGUAUCGCGUUUAAUACGUGCUGGAUAGAACGUCAGAACGUCAGAAAUGUAUCGACGAUUUAAGUUUUCCAGUUAAGCGACAAGGAUUAUUUGCGAUUCUGGAGAUUUCGUUAUUCGUCAACUUGUUUUGCUUCUAAUUUUGCUUCCAUAAUUUAUUAUAAAUUAUUAGUAAAGCGAGCACAUCGACACGCGUAUAAUACUUACUUAUGUAUUAUCGCGUGUAAUUGCCCGAAUCGUUGUCGGAUAUCUCACGUAUCCGUGAUAUACGCGAGAAAUACAUAAAAGAGCAGUUAGAAAUACAAAGAAGCGUUCUAGGAAAAAGUAUCGUCUAUCUCUAUACAGAAAAGAGGUAAUCGUUUAAUUAACGGUAAGAACAAUUUCUUAUUGUUGACAGUCGAUUAAACGAACGUCCAAUCGUAAUAACAUUAGCGUAACUUUUUAUUUUGUACACUGCACCGUACAAUUACGGUUAAUCGAUCACCUAGGAUGGCACGGAUAAAACAUGUUUUCUUACGCAGGCCGUGCGUGCGCUGGAUUUGUUUUCUUGCGAUCGAUCGGUCCGGGUCGGUGGAACGGUUCGACUCGAUCGUCUCGGUCGAGAACAAGCUCGAGCAGUUAACAUGAACACGCAUUGAGAACGAGAAGCAAAAAUAGAUUUGCCAAAGAAAGAGACGGGAGAACGUCGCCGAUGAAGCGGUGUGUGUCGGUGGAGAUUGUCAUUCGAGGAAGCGAGUGAAAUUUUCUUCCCAAGUGUGAUAUUGUUUUGACUUGUAACCAUUCGACAAUUAUUAUUUCAGCUUCCCAGCUAAAUAUCUCGCUUCUUAUCUCCAACGUUAUAUCCAACGUCUUGGAUCGCGUGGUCGUAAAUGAUUUCAGUUUUUCCAUGUGUUGCGUCUCUAAGAGAUUCUUGCGAUCGAUAUAAUUUGUCAAAUUUUCCUACGUUUCUACGUUUCUACGCGAUAUUGUUGCGUGUACGCGAUGAAUUUCUAACUGCGAUCUCUUCAGAUAUUUAUUUGCCCUUUUAACGAUCGAACCACAGGUUUUCUUACGCAGAAAUUAAAAGACAUUCUGCUCGAACGAUAAAAAUAGCAAACACGUAUACGUUCGACUAAAUUAUCCGCUAGACGAGGACAUUGUUCCAAGUUUAAACUGAUUAAAUAUUCAGGAUACGAUCCUUGUCGAUACUUUCGCUUGUAUCUCGAUAAUGGGGAAAAUUUUCGCGAAAUUUUCUUAACUGGAUACAGAAAAUGUGUCGCGGAAUUUUUCUAAUUAGCUCUUUAUUCCAUAAAUCGAUUCGACGUAAAAGUAAAAGGAGAACAAAGAAUAAAGUUGAAGCAAGUGAUUUUGAAUAGAAAAUCGUGUUUCGCUCGUUGUCGAGAAACCUCUCCCUUGUUUGCACGUGUUUGACGAAUUUGCAAACAUAGUCUCCGCGCAGCAACGCGAACAGAUUCUUUCUUCGUGCUUUGAAAAUUCCACAGAUAUUUAUACGUAGGUUUAUUUAUUUAACGCGUUAUCGAGCAAUCAAACGUUUGACUCGGUUUGUCGAAAAGGAAAGUAACGGUGGUUAGUUCUUGAGGCAAAGUUUUCGAUAGAGAAGGUAUUUCCUAGUAAAAGCAUCGGUCGCGUAAUUUUAUGAAUAUCGAGUUGCUCUCGACUAACUAGAGGAUGGACUUUACUCGUUAGAAAGUGAUAACGAAAAAUACGUAUCGUAGAGAUAUAGUUUAACAAGUUGGAUAGUAAUUUUAGGGUAAUCGUAAAGUCGAAAGCUGGCGACGAUUAGGCCGAGUAUAAGAAUCGGAAAUGUUGCAAUUAACGCAGCUACAGUUUCUCAGUAAAAAUUUAAACGACGAAACAAUCGGACAGUAAUUUGCAACUCGAAGUAGGCAAAAUAAAGUAAAAAAUCGCAUGAGAGGUUUCGAUAAAAGUUUGCUUCUCGAAAGAAUCGAUCGUUCGAAUAAAUGAAUUUGUCGUCGUGCGAAAAAGCUGGAAAAACAAGCAGUUUCGAUUACGGUCGAACGACCACGCACACACACACACAGGAGCGGACACGCGCGCGCGCAUUACGGUGAUACCAAAGAAUCGAUACCUGCUCCUCUGUAAUGACGAUUGCUCCAACAAGGACAAUCUCACUGCGAAUGAUGUCGAUUAUGUAAAAAGAUGACACGCCGCUUCGGUUCUCAAUCGAUAUCAAUUCUUGAUAUCGAAUUCACGUGACAUGUGACUUACGACUAGCGUUAACGGUAAAUUUCACAUUGAUCUUAUUAAUCGAUUAAUAUUCAUAGGUACGAUAAGUAUUUGUUACUAAGCAUCGUUACAUGUUGCGCCUUUCUAACAGUUAUUUCUAUGUCUAGUAAUAUCUCUUCAUGUCAUUGAAUUCAUUUUCUAGUUGGUGCUAUUCGACACUGCCUGAUGAAACUUGUAGAGUUUCUGACGAACGUCGAUACGUUUACGCCGAAUUCUGUACAGUUGAUCGUUUCUAAGAACGUCUCGUUAACGACACGAUUAAUACUUGUAUCAUUAUAAGUUUAUUAUUAUUUUGUUAAAUCUUUUAAUGUAAUAAAUAUAAGUGAAGAGAGCCAUACGAUGGUUCAAUAAAUCGUUUAUUUAAUAAAUUAUUUACACACGCUGGUUCGACGAACGGAUCUGAACGAAAUAUGCGGCAUUCCAAUAUUUCAAAGCAUAUACGUGCUUGAUUUAAGCGUUUCCAAUACGAAUAGAGGAGAUUGUAAGUAUCUUUGUGUGAAAAUUAUGGAAAGCUAGAAAAAUUGCCAACGUUUAUUCCGAAAAUCAUUCCAAUUAUAAACGAUCGUUACCGAAAUUGUUACCGAACGAAAUUUUGUGACCGAAUGAAAUUGAA